CACUCACUACUACUACUACUCAAAGCCUCAGAAUCAAAUCAAAUAUACCCUUUUAUAGGUUUCUCCAUCACACACUCCUCCACUUAACUUAGUUUCCUCAUUGGCUGUAAGUACAAACAGGCAGCAGCCACAAGCAUGGCCACAGGGACCAUAAGAUUUUGUAGCCUUUCCCUUGUCCUCCUGCAUCUCCUUGCAUGGGCACCUUCCUCACUAUGGGCACGCCCUGCUUCCUUCGUCCAGGACUUCCGUGUCACUUGGUCUGAUUCCCAUAUCAGGCAAAUCGAUGGAGGCAGAGCCAUCCAAUUGGUCCUCGACCAAUCUUCAGGUUGUGGGUUUGUGUCUAAAAGCAAAUACCUGUUUGGGCGCGUCAGCAUGAAGAUCAAACUCAUCCCUGGUGACUCUGCCGGCACCGUCACCGCCUUCUAUAUGAAUUCAGACACCGACACCGUUCGUGAUGAAUUGGACUUCGAGUUCUUAGGGAAUCGGAGUGGACAACCAUAUACAGUCCAAACCAAUGUGUAUGCUCAUGGCAAGGGUGACCGAGAACAAAGGAUCAACCUCUGGUUCGACCCAUCUGCAGAUUUCCAUACUUACUCCAUCCUUUGGAAUCACCAUCAUGUCGUGUUUUAUGUGGACGAAGUACCCAUUAGAGUUUACAAGAACAAUGAAGCGAGAGGGCUUCCAUAUCCCAAGUUCCAAGCCAUGGGGGUAUUCUCUACGUUGUGGGAAGCAGACAAUUGGGCUACAAGAGGUGGCCUUGAGAAGAUAGAUUGGAGCAAAGCACCCUUUUACGCUUACUACAAGGACUUUGACAUCGAGGGUUGCCCUGUCCCAGGCCCUGUUAACUGUGCCUCCAACCCUAGGAAUUGGUGGGAGUCCCCUGCUUACCAGCAACUUGAUGCCGUCCAAGCAAGGAGAUACAAGUGGGUCCGCAUGAAUCACAUGAUCUACGAUUACUGUGUAGAUAGAUCUCGUUACCCUGUCGUCCCUCCCGAAUGCGUCGCCGGCAUCUAAUUAAUUAGUGAUAAUAUAUAAUGUGAUUAUUUAUCAUGCAGAUAUGUAUGCCCAAGGUUAUAAUCUGAACAAUAAUGGGGGAAAAUUGAAAAAAAAAAAAAAUGGUGAUCAUCGUUAUGUGUUCUUCAAGUUUUUUUUUUCUUUUUCUUUUUGGGUGAAGAAUGUUGCAGUUUCUAUUGUAAGCAAUUAUUUCUGUCAAGUGUGUAUAAAAAUAUUAUUUGUGAAAUAAGAGGAAUUUUUAAUGAUAUUUAUUACUUUAA